AUGCAGGACCGAGGGAGAAAGGAGGUUGAAACGGCGGCCAUGGAGGAUAGCAUACCUUCCAGCCGAGGGAGAAGCCGAGGUGGCUGCCGAGGAUGCUGCUGCCGACCCAGCAGAGGAUACAGAGGAGAGCGGCGAGGGAGCCGGCCUUUCUUUCCAGGAGGAGAUAGAAGAGAGCGUAGAAGGCGGCGACGACGGAGCCGAAGUUGA